AUGACAACAUCACCAUUUGAAACAUUAUUGUUAGAAACACCUUCUACUGUUCACAUUGAAUACACUGUUGAUAAUGUCAAGUCAAAGUUUUCACUUCCAUUCAAAGAUGAAACAAUGAUGGGCCAAAUAAAAGUAGAAAGAACUGUGAAAUUAUUAAAUCCGGAUAGCUUUGAAAUAAAUUACAGACUGAUUCCACAAGAUAGUAGUGUUGAGUUAAACUAUCUGGAAUUUGAAUAUGAUAUGAAUUUAGAAGCCAAAGUGAUGAUGGCAGAAGGGUUUCAAUGUUGGAGUACUACAAAAGAAAUGGGUAAAUAUAAUCGACUAGCAGCCAUUCCUUCUGUCGUCUCUUGGUUUACCAAAUUUAAUCUUCAAGGGGAUUAUGAUUUCUUUAAUUAUUCAGGCCAAGUUGGACAUAUUCACUCUACAGGUUAUACCUAUUUACGUGAUACUAAGUCAAAUCAUAUCGUUUUUUUGGGUUCUAUCUCUGAAGAAUCAGGUUAUACUUAUUAUAAAGGACAUCUUGAUAAUAAUAAAUUUUUUCUUUAUAAAGAUAUUGAUGGCAAAAGGUUAGAGAAACAUCAUGAAUUAUGCAUUCAAUUGUAUGUAAGUCAAGGAGAUCAUAUAAGGGAUCUUGGAUCUAUUUGGGAAAAGUAUGCUGACUAUUAUGAUCCUCUUCAUGAAUUUAAAAAUCCUCGUCAUCUAACAGGCUGGUCUUCUUGGUACAAUCAUUAUGAAAGGGUGACGGAAGGGGAUGUUAUGUCGAGCUUGAAUGCAUUUAAAGAACACCAGUAUCCGAUUGAUGUAUUUCAGAUCGAUGAUGGGUUCGAAUCACAAGUAGGUGACUGGUUAGAGGUAGAUAAGGUUAAAUUUCCUAGAGGUAUGAAAGCUCUUGCAGACGAUAUAAAGGAGCAAAACUACAUUCCUGGUAUCUGGUUAGCUCCCUUUGCAGUAGGUUUCAAAAGUAAAAUAGUAAAGGAACACCCUGAAUGGUUAUUAAAGUAUCCAGAAAAUGGAAGCCUGGUUGUUGCUGGACCCAACUGGGGAGGCUUCUAUGCGAUUGAUAUCUAUCAUGAUGAAGCUCGUCGUUACCUUCAACAUGUAUUUGAUCAAGUUAUCGAUGUUUGGGGAUAUAAACUUAUUAAAUUGGAUUUCUUGUUUGCAGCUGCUAUGAUUCCUCGUUUAGGUAAAUCCCGUGGAGAGAUUAUGUGGGAUGCGAUGGAGUUCGUGAUGGAACUUGUUCGUAAACGUGCAAUGCUAUUGGGGUCAGGAGUUCCAUUACCUUUUACAUGGGGUCGAUUAGAGUAUUCCCGUGUAAGUAGUGAUGCAUCCCCCUGGUGGGAUGAUUCGGUGCUUCGUAUCGCUCAAGUCCGUGAGCGUGUAUCAAGCUACAACGCUAUUACAUCUACACUCAAUCGAUGGCCUAUGGGUUCUACCAUGUUUGGUAGUGACCCUGAUGUCUUCUUUAUAAGGUCUAACAACAAUAAGUUGACUAAAGAAGAAAAACAUACACUCUUGAUCGUCAACCUCGUUUUCGGUCAGCUUACAUUAAUGUCUGAUAACGUCCAGUUUUAUGAUAAACAAGAACAUACACUUUAUAGCUCCAUUUUCCCAAAGCCAGUGGCCCACGUUCAAGAGCUUGUCUCUAUUGGAUUAGAUAUUUAUCAAGCAAGCUAUCAAUGCAAUGGCCGUGAUUAUAUCUUUAUCUCUAAUAUAUCCCCUUUACCUUUUAUGGCUCAAUUACCCCUUGCGUCUAAUGGAGAAUAUGACUACUUCUUUGAACAUAGUAAUGUGUUGAUGAAUGGAGGAUCCCAUGUAGAUUGGUAUAGGUCACAGACACAACUAUUCUUGAAACCACAUGAAACAAGAAUCUUUAUGAGAAUUGCUUCAGAUAGUAAGGAUAUCUUUAUGGGAUCUACUGGCCAUAUCGUACCAGGUGCUGAAAUUGAGAGUUUAAGGAUAGACGAAAAAGAUAGCAUUCAUAUUACGUUAAAGAGACCUUAUAUGAGAAAAAAGAAUCGAAUCUAUCUCAAACUAAAAUCAGACGAUAGUGAGCUUCCUACUGUUUAUGUAGAUGGACAAUCUGUUUCACGUAUAGAGAAAGUGAUAUGGAAUCAGCAUGUCUCUGUAGCUAAAAUUGUUAUUUCUUGA